CAUCAUUCUGCGAUUCCCCACAUGUGUAAAACAUUUGUUUUCUGUCGUGCUGAAGUUUUACACCAAAGUUCAACUGCGGAAACGUGUCUUAUAAGGCUAAGGGCUAAUGUGCUAGUUGUCAGUCAGUGCUGUCAUUCAUUCACUCAGUGUUUCUGUGGUAAAGAGUCCAAAUGAAGUUGUUCAUUUGACGGAAGUAUUGUGUUUAAAAGUUCCAGAUUUGCAGCUCCUUCCCAGACCCAUUUUGCCUUCAUUCCUGAACAUCAGCUCUUCUCUGGUCCCUCGUCUGUUUCAGUCAUGAGUGACAGUGAUGAUGACAUCCCCACACUUUCAGCACACACUCUGGCCGCCCUGCAGGAGUUUUACAGUGAGAACAUGGUGAAUCAGGCCCCAUCAGACCAGUACGCUGUGGGAGCCAUGGAGGAGGACUGGGGGAUGAGCCAGUUCUGGUAUAGUGACGACACAGCAGCUCGGUUAACGGAGGAGCUCAUACACGAAGCAGGAGAGGGAGGCAGGAUAGCCUGUGUGAGUGCACCCAGCGUCUACCAGAAGCUGAAGCAGGGUGUGGUGGACGGCUCAGACCGGGUGUCCUCCGUUGUGCUGGAGUUUGAUCACCGCUUCGCCGCCUAUGGUGAUGAAUUCAUCUUCUACGACUACAACGAGCCGCUGUCACUCCCAAGUAACGUCGCUCCUCAGAGCUUCGACAUUGUCCUCGCCGACCCGCCGUACCUGUCAGAGGAAUGUCUGAGCAAAGUGUCCAAAACCAUCCAGUUCCUGAGCAAAGGCAAAGUACUGCUGUGUACAGGAGCCAUCAUGGAGAACAUCGCCAAAGAUCUUCUGGGUGUAAAAAUGUGCAGCUUCCUGCCACAACACAAAAGGAAUCUGUCCAACGAGUUUCGCUGUUUUGUCAACUACCCAUCCCGCCUGCUGUCCAGCUGAGGAGCAGCGCCUCCAUGUGGACACAGACUGUCAGAGCGUAGAGGACGUUUCAGACGCGACACUGCUGGUGUGAAAGGACACAUUAAGUCCUGCACAAUGAGUCCAGACCUUUGGUUUGGUAACUGCUGCAUGAAUACAGAAACAAUAACUGGCAAAUGAUGCAGUCAGUCACCUUAUAACAACAUCUAAGUGAUUAUGAAGUCAGAUUAUCCAUGACUUUAUUGAAUUUCACUCUGAUUUCAUUCUCAGUCUGGUAUUUCUGUGUAACUUACUGCUGCUGUUCUGUUUGUGCCUCAAAUCAAGCAGACAUUUUAAGCUGUUUAGUAAACGCUACAACAAUUUAGUGAAUAUUGUACAGUGAGUCUGGCAUUAACAUGAAAUAAACCCUGACAGGGUGGCACAGUGCUCUCUUCAUUUUUUUAAGAGUUGUACGUAAAACAUUUUACGACUUAUAAAUGCUUAAUGCACUAAUAGAAACCUUUAACUUCUACAGUUGAUGUGAUAUGGCCUAUUAUUAAAAAAUUCACACAAAUUUACUCUGGGGAUUUGUAAAGUUCAUCUGGAUCUGGUUCCAGGUCAUAAUGUGAACCCUGCUCCUUUUCAGAUAUGCUACUGUGAAGUCAACAUCUGGAUUUGGACUGUUGGAUUCUGGGAAACUGAGUACUGGUCCUUUUACACCACAGGUGUCAAACAUGCGGCC